AUGAGUAAGGCUACCAAUGAGGUGUUGGAGAGGAGAGGUGGAAUUAUAGCGUUGAAACAGAUAGUGAGGUUAAUGCUUUUCUUUUUCUCCUUUAGUCACUUCAAUGGAAUUUAUGAAUUGCAGAUCCAUAGCUUGCAAUAUCGCAUUCAGCAUGAAAGCAUCUCGUUGAGUGAUGAGAAGCGAAUCCUUAAAGAAAUCAAACACUUUGAGGGAACCCGUGAGAAAGUUAUUGCUAAUGUUGCAAUGAGAUCAAAGAUUCAAGAUUCAUUAGGCCAGAAAGAAGACAUUGAUGAUCAAGUUAAAAGCACCAUUGUGCUUAUGGGUGUUGAUUUGAAUGGAGUAAGGAAGGAGCAGCAUGCAAAUUCUCACUUUUACCAGAGCCGUACCACUGUACACAACGCCAAACUACUUGCUGCACAGAAAGAUAUAAAGGCUCUUGAGGAGUUAUCAAUUGUGGAGGUUGAGAAGUUUAUGGCUCUCUGGAAUGGCAAUAAAGCCUUCAGGGAUGAUUUUGAGAAAAGAAUUCUGCCAUCCCUGGACAGUCGGCUAUUGAGUCGGGAUGGUCGGAUAAGGAAUCCUGAUGAGAAACCACUGGUUGCACCCGAGAAACCAGUGGAUUCUGAAACCGAAACAAUUCUGAGACCUAGUGUAAGACAACCAAAGGAAGAGGCCAAAUCAGACAUUAGUGUUGUAGCAGAGGAAAUUUUGGUAUCCGGAAAAUUGCAAAAGAACAAGGAAGUCGAUGUAGCAAAAGUGAAAGAAUUGAAGAGAGAAGAGGAAAUAGCGAAAGCAAAGCAAGCCAUGGAAAGAAAAAAGAAGUUGGCUGAAAAAGAAGCAGCCAAAGCAGCUAGAAGAGCUCAAAUGGAAGCUGAAAAGAAGCUCAAGAAAUCAUUUGCUUCCUUAUCUGGUUUCACUUUAUCGGAGCGUGAAAAGAGAGCUAAGAAGAAGGUGGCAGGAUCAACAAAUGCUGUAAAUCCCGAGGAACUGAUUGAGGCACAAGAUUCAGAACCCGAGAAGGUCGAUGUUAAUACUGAUGCACCUGUUCCUGCUACCGUUUCAAUGAAGGGUAAAGUACCAAAGGAGAAUACUAGUAGGUACAGGAAUCGAACCAAAGAACUGAGUCCUCCCAAAAGCCAUCCUGAAACGUAA